UACUGUCUUAAGUUUCCUACCAACUUUCCUUAGCCGGGCCUCAGACAGUGAGUGCCGGGUGCAGCAGGAGGCGCUAACUCUCCCCUACCCGCUGUUUGUCGCGCUGAACAUUGGCCCGGCGCUUGUGGCUGCCUUCCUCGGCUCUUAUGUGGAGCCCGUGGCUGCCGGCAGUGGCAUCCCGCAGGUCAAGUGUUACCUGAAUGGCGCCAAGGUGUCCCGCGUGGUGAGGAUCAAGACCCUGAUGAGCAAGGCCGUGGGGGUGACCUUCUCUGUGCUGGGAGGCCGGGUCGUGGGAAAGGUCAGGUCGUGGGCAAGGUCUGUGGCCGUGAGCUGACCACCAAGAUGCUGCUGCCCACGGUGCCGGCCAUGGCCAAGGGCAGGGUGGCCAAGACUACAGAUGAUGGGCCACUCCUAGACAAAGAGGACCUGGACACACUGUUCUGCGGCACCAGCAGCAGCAGCCUGCACAUCCAUGGCCUGCAGGAGGAGGACGAGGGGACGUACAGGUGCCGGGCGGAGAACAGGGACCUGGACACACUGUUCUGCGGCACCAGCAGCAGCAGCCUGCACAUCCAUGGCCUGCAGGAGGAGGACGAGGGGACGUACAGGUGCCGGGCGGAGAACAGGGAGGACUCGCUCGACGCCGUGGCCCACAUACAGGUCCAAGUUGCUCCGAGGUUUCUGAGGCAGCCGGCCAACGCUCUCGCCUAUGAGAAGGAGAACGUGGAGCUGGAGUGCAGCGUGUACGGCCAGCCAGAGCCCUCGCUCCACUGGCUCAAGAACGGCGAGCUGCUGGUGGAGACGGAAUACCUUCAGAGUGUGAGCGGCAACAACCUGUAGAUCCUUGGCC